CACAGCCUGAUAGAAUGCCUCUAUAUGAACUUUUAGUUAGAGCAAGUCACUGUGACCUUAAAUCUCUGCUAUAGCUACUGCUGGAUGCUGAGCAUGCGCAGUGAUCAAAUUGCCAAGCAACAAAUAACUCGUCUGCAGAACUUCAACUUUCUCUGUUUUUCUCCUUUUAGCUACCCUUACUAUUAAAAUCACUUUAGCUUUUGAAUAUAGAGUAGAAGGAACCCUUGCAAUACUGUUUUGCAUCAAAUUUCAGCAUAGUUUAUUGAAAAUGUCUUGAACUAAGCUCUCUUAUCUCAACAAUGAAGAUUUAUGUUCCCAGAAUUGUUAUACACACUCCUCACUUUCCUGUUAAAAUCUCAAAAAUAGGUGGAUACUUUUCUUAAUUAAGUAGCUAGUUGUAUAGAACUGUCAAUUUCCUACUAGAAUAUACCAGAAGAUUUCUUAGGUAUCAACUAAUUUGUCAAGAAAUCAUCAUUUCUGCACACCACCCCCAUACAUUCUUACUAAUUCCUGUAAAGUACAUUCAGAGUGUAAACAUGCAGCUAUGGCUAUGGAUCAAAGCUAUCACAAUAAGGCACUUUCAAAUAUAUGCAGAUUAUGUGCAUCAAAAGUAUUAACAUAUAAGCAAAUAACAGCGGGAAAUAAAGCUCAAUCAUGCAUUACAUUCCAAGAGACAAUUCUCAACAAAUUUGACAUUGACAUAUCAAAGGAUGAAGAAAAUGUGCAUCCCAAAAAUAUAUGCCAUAAUUGUUUUAGAAAUAGAUUAAAGAAUGACAAACUUAAAAUAUGUUUAAGCUGUCAUAAAAGCACAACAAAUGAUAAAACACAAAAUGAAUUUAUAGAUAAAGUAAGAAGUACAGAUAAAAAAU